GGACGACGGGCAGCCGGCAGAUCUUCUGCACGCGCCGCAGUUAACUGGGCGGAGAUCAGCUUUCUCACCAAGUGUGUGUGUUUGCAGUGAGGAGACUGAUGGACACUUGUUGCCACACAGCGCAGCUCUGCCGCCGGCGAAAACAACCAGACAGCUGCUAAAGCCUGUGAGGAAAUCCCUCCCCCUGUCAGCCUCCGCCAUCAAGAAGACCCGUCCCGGUCCCGUCCUGGUCCGUCCUGGUCCCCUCCUGGUCCCGUCCCGGUCCCGUCCAGCACCCUGCCAUGGACAACCUGUCCGUGGCCACGCCCUCCAUUCAGAGUCCUGCUGAAACCACCACAAACGCUGUGCUGACGGAUUACGACAUGGACGACGGAUACUUCGACGCCAUCCUGGGAGUCGUCAUUGCCACCGUCGUCCUGGUGCUGAUCGCCUUCGCCGUCGUCCUGAUCCGAUACAUGUUUCGGCACAAAGGCUCGUACCGCACCAACGAGGCCAAGGGCACGGAGUUCGCCGAGACGGCGGACGUGGCGCUGCGAGGCGACCCCGUCCUGCAGGAGGCCGUGGACGACAGCAAGAAGGAGUACUACAUCUGAGCUGCCGGGCCUGCUCUGUGGACGGAGACUGGAGACACUCGGCGGGAACUGUGACUCAGCAGGACGCUUCACAAGCUGUAGAUCCAGGAAGCGUCACCCGUCCCCGUGCCGACCGGGAGGGCUGCUUAUUCUUGAUAUCUGUGUGUGAGAAGAGGAAUUAGAUCAUGAAGUGCUUUUAUAAAUUAUUACAGAAACAAUUACAGCUGCCAGCUCGCUGCUUCUGGUUCUUUAGACAUUGAAUUAAUGAGGAUUACUCAGACAGUUCGGGGAGACACUUGAUCCGCAGAGACAGAAAACUGUUUUUGACCUCUGGCACUUUGAGGCAGUGAGUUAAAGUUGACAUCGGUCUCGACCUGAAUCCAAUUCCGAGCAGCGGUAAGAACCUCCGUUGAAUUUGUUGGAAAAUUACAGUCUCAGAGUCAGAACUGAGCAGCCGAUAUUUUAAAUCCAUUUCGGUUCAGACGCCACAUGCAGCACAUUUUGGUUUCCUCCGCCUCAAAAAUGUUUCUGUACAAGAAUCAACGUUGAGUUUUCUUUUUCUUUUCUUUUCUUAAAUCACAGCGUUUGAGUAGGAAGUGACGUACGCGUCCUUCAGGCCCCGCUUUGUGCGUAAGCAACAUUUAUAAAUGAGGCCCUUGGAGUUUGGAACACUGAGGACGAACCUCUGGGAAACGCUGCCCAGUGACGGGAAGAUUGUCGGGUUGUGAACUCUGACGGCUGUAAAGCAUCAGCAGCAGCUGUGUUCAUCGAUUUCUUGACUGUAGAUGUUGUGGUGGUCGCUCUGUUCCGGAGCACCUGAUGGGUUCAGUGCAUCGAGUUGACUGGUUUCCAUGGUGACCGUUCCCCGCUUCCCAGCCAGACACCCCAAUCAGCCCUUUAAACUACAGUGUCUCUCACUGUUUUUAGGGUAAAACCACAUUGAUGAAUUAGAAGCAGCAGUUAUUUCUUGGAAAAAGACACUCUGUUGGGUCUUCUCUGGAAUGGGUGCACUAUGGAAGGUCGUCCGGUGAUCUUUCGGUUAGCUGACGGUUGGGUUGCUGUUUGAACACCUGAUCUACAUGUUUGACACUUCUCUUUCUAAUGCAGGGCGAUAAAAUCUGUCCAUCAAGCGAAAGGUUAACUCACAUCAACUUUUAAAUCUGGAUAGAUGCUGUAAAAAGCUCUGA